AUGGCGACAAGCUCUGAUCUGGAAGCAGCGAGAAUCGCGAGGCUGCCAGACACUGCAUAUUACAUACCUGACUUCGUUACAUUAGAAGAGGAGAUAAAUUCUGUCCCUCUGCCGCGCUGGACUCAGUUGUCCCAUCGGCGACUGCAGACGUGGCCAUCAACGCUGACCAAAACCAACACACUGCUGGCUGCGUCGUUGCCUGCAUGGCUUCAUGAGUCAAUUGUCUCUCCACGACUGGACACCCUGGGUUGUUUCGCAGGCUCGCCGCAUCAAACGCCAAACCAUGUCCUCAUCAACGAGUAUCGGCCAGGGCAAGGGAUAAUGCCGCAUGAAGACGGAUCGGCUUACUACCCGCUCGUGGCGACGGUCAGUUUGGGGGCACCGAUUGUCUUGGAUCUCUACGAGAAGGGUCCUGAUAAUGAUGAGAAGGUAAACAGGAAUCCGGCAUUCCGGAUCCUACAGGAACCUCGGAGUCUGUUGAUCACGACCAAUGAGCUGUAUACGCAGUAUCUACAUGGAAUCGCAGAACGACUGACGGACGAGGACUUGGGGGUUGACAGUAUCGCCAACUGGGAAAUGCUGGGAGAUACGCAGCCGUACCGUAACUCGUCCUACGAACGACAGACGAGGGUCAGUUUGACCUACCGCGACGUGCUCAAGGUCGCCAAGGUAGGAAAUUCAGUCAAGUUCUUGGCUACGGGGCGGUGA